GGUCCCAGGCAGGUCUCCCAGAUUCACCACUCAUCCUUCCCUCUCUCUCUGCUUUGGUUUUCUGGCCCUUACAUUUGGGAUAAUGACCCCCCUCUAACAGAGGUGAGGUGGCAUCGACCUACUGAAGAUACUCGGGAACCUAGGGGCAAGUGGUAGUGCUUAGGAAGGCCAGAAGACUCAUCUUCUCUGAGACUGAGAAAAGGGCAGCCACGCUCAUGGUUCCUGGCUGACUUCUGAUGCUUCCCUGCCCUGUCACUUUGGUCAUCUAUUUUCUCCAUCAUCUUGGAGCUGCAGAAGUGGAUCAAAUACCUCAUACAUGCAGGACACUGCACUAGAAAACAGGGCUACUCAUCUUUUAAGAAGAAUGAGCCCAGACCGCUGUGGGCAGGCUCUGCUGCAGAUUGGGAUCAACAUGAUGGCGCUGCCUGGGGGUCGCCACCUGGACUCCAUCCCUUUGCCGGGUCAGCGGCUGCACCUGAUGCAGGUGGAUUCUGUGCAGCGCUGGAUGGAGGAUCUGAAGCUCAUGACUGAGUGUGAGUGCAUGUGUGUCCUGCAGGCGAAGCCCAUCAGUCUGGAAGAAGACGCCCACGGUGACCUCAUCUUGGCGGGUGGUCCCAGUCCUGGAGACCCCCUGCAACUGCUGCUGAAGCGGGGCUGGGUCAUCAGCACCGAACUGCGCAGGAUCGGGCAGAAGCUGGCGCAGGAGCGCUGGGCACGCGUGCACAGCAUGAGCGUGCGACUCACGUGUCACGCGCGUUCCAUGGUCAGCGAGUACAGCGCCGGCAGCAGGAGCACCUCGCAGGAGAUGGGCCAGAUUGAAAAGCUGUUAAUGGAGAAAUGCUCGGAACUCUCAGCGGUCACCGAGAGGUGCCUGCAGGUGGAGAAUGAGCACGUGCUGAAGUCAAUGAAGGCCUGUGUGAGUGAGACCCUGAGCACGUUGGGCCAGCACUUUGGCCAACUGCUGGAGCUGGCGCUGACCCGGGAGGUGCAGGCACUGGUGAGGAAGAUUGAUACCUCAGACAACAUCUACACCAUGGAAUCCACCACAGGGAACCUGUUUAGCCUGACCCAAGAGGGGGCUCCUUUGUGCCGCAUCAUUGCCAAGGAGGGUGGGGUCGUGGCCCUUUUCAAGGUGUGCCGGCAGGACACUUUCCGGUGCUUGUAUCCCCAGGCGCUCCGCACACUGGCCUCCAUCUGCUGCGUGGAGGAGGGUGUCCACCAGUUGGAGAAGGUGGACGGGGUUCUGUGUUUGGCGGACAUCCUGACCGACAACAGCCACUCAGAGGCCACCCGGGCUGAGGCUGCGGCUGUGGUGGCUCAGGUCACAUCCCCCCACCUGUCCUUCACCCAGCACCUCAGCAGCUUCCUGGAGAGCAUGGAGGAGAUCGUGACGGCUCUCAUCAAACUGUGCCAAGAGGCCUCCUCCGGAGAAGUCUUCCUGUUGGCCUCUGCGGCCCUAGCCAAUAUCACCUUCUUUGACACAAUGGCCUGUGAGAUGCUCCUGCAGUUGAAUGCUAUCCGUGUCCUCCUGGAAGCCUGCAAUGACAAGCAGAGAGUGGAUACACCUUACACACGCGAUCAGAUUGUGACCAUAUUGGCAAACAUGUCUGUCCUGGAGCAGUGUGCCUCUGACAUCAUUCAGGAGAAUGGGGUGCCGCUUAUCUUGGGUAUGCUGUCUGAGAAGCCAAGGUCUGGAACCCCUGCAGAAGUGGCAGCCUGCGAGCGAGUCCAGCAGAAGGCUGCAGUGACUUUGGCACGACUCAGCCGAGACCCAGAAGUGGCUCGCGAGGCUGUGCGGCUGAGCUGUAUGUCCCGUCUCAUUGAGCUCUGUCGGUCACCCUCGGAGAGGAACAGCAGUGACGCAGUACUAGUAGCCUGCCUGGCUGCUCUGCGGAGGUUGGCUGGGGUGUGCCCUGAAGGCCUCCAGGACUCCGACUUCCAGCAGCUGGUCCAACCUCGACUUGUGGACUCCUUCUUACUCUGCAGCAACAUGGAAGAGAGUUUUGUGUAGCAAGUGUGGGACAGGAAAGGCCUCUGGCUCAGUUCCCCCUCUGAGUCCGCACCUGUGAACACACCUGAGGAGUUACUUCCCCUCGCCUCUUAUUUAUACUUAAUUUAUUUUUACAUGAAAUGGAGAGCAGACUAAAUAUUUUAGCCAUAUCAUCAGGCAUUCUGGCUCUUGUGAGUCUUUUUUUUUUACUUUUUCUUUUUGACUUCUGUAACUUUUCAGUUACAGAUGUUGAAAUGCAUAAUAACUAAUAUGACAGAUUGUCAUGGGUGCUUUCCCUCCCUCUUGCUUCAUCUACUCUUACUAUGCAACGUCCUUUAUUAUUUUUUACUUUGGAGCCAGGGCAUUUUAAUUGCCCAGCAAUUUUUUUUAAAUGUUGGGUUUGCUCUUUCUAAAAACUUUUAAAUAAAUUUCAUAGUUGGAAAGAACAUUUUAUUCUUUAAUAAAUGGAAUAAUGCAAAACAUGUUUUAGGUUUUUCUGAUUAAAUUAUGUUUUAUAAUAACAUCUUUCUUUCCAAGAUUUCUUGCCACAAAACUCCUUUCAGCUAUUAGAAUCACAUAGAUAGAUGUAUUGUUUUCAUAGGUGCAUAAAGAGGUCAAGUUCUGAUGAUUAAGUGAAAAUUGACAGUGCAUUCAAGGAAUAUAUUUAAAGUCUUCAGAAACAGUUUCUCUUAGAAUGUUCUGCUUAUGUAUAACCUGGUGAAUUGAUUCUUCAGAUGAGAUUAUGGUGACUAUCUCUCCUACAGUAUAUUGAAAGUAGUUGUAUACAGUAGUUGAUUUAUGCCAACUGACAAGGGACAAGUAGGAGAAUUUCUUCUCAAAUAUACAUUCUGUAACCUCUUGUAGGUAGAAUAAAAUUUGAACUGGAGAGGUAUCAGAGGUUAUAAGAUGAUAUAAAUAAAACGUUUUUUCAGGAAGCUGUUUUACCAAUACCAUUGCCUGUAAGUAGUAUAUAUAUACUUCUACAACAUUUCAUUUCAUAAAGAAACAUUAUUGAGCUCCAUUUAGUAGUCUAGCAGUUAGUCUAAUGAAUCAGGUUUUGGGAUAAGAGCACUGUAGCACUGUCAUCCUGUUCUUCAUCGAUUUGCUCGAGCAGGCACCAGUAACGUCUCCAUUGUGAAACUUGUUGUUACUGUUUUUGGCAUAUCAAAUACGCCACAGGUAGCUUGCCAGGCUCUGCCGUGAGGGCAGGAUACUCUCAGUAGCUUCCUGGGCUCUUCCCAGAGGGGCGGAGGAAUCAAA